AAAAGUUUCCUUCUUUUCGCUUCUGGGUCUGAUGGGUCUGUUCGAUUCAGCCUUCAACUCUGUAAUUUAAAUUGUACAACUCAACCUAUUAUAUAUACAUAUUUAUUUAUACUGGGUCGUGUUAUUUUAUUGGAAGGCGAAGAAGACUUAUUGAUAUUGACUUGGCUCUUGGGAUUCCCACUACUAGGGUGGUUAGGUGCUUGUUUGUGUUGUGUUGUGUGUGUCACUGUGUCCUCCUCUGUACCCUCUUGAUUUCAUUGGUAACAGUAAAAGCAAAAGGUUCUUUCUUGUGGAAAAGGGUCCCUUGCUUUAGGGCUGUGAGAGAGAAAAAAGUAUUUCUUCUUGAUGAUGUCUUUUGAUGGGUCUCUGGAAUCUUAUGCAAACCCUUCCUUCCAUUUUGGUUGCUUGCUUAGGAGAUAGAGGAAUGAAUAGGGAAAAUCAGGUAGAUUAAGCAUCCUAUUCCUAUCUGAUUGUCUCUUGUAUUUUAAUUUUGGUUAUUUGUUAACUGAAUCCUUGGUUUAAUUGAGAUGGACGGUGAUAUAUUUGGAGAGCUAGGCAAUUCAACACAAGUAGAUAGCCGGCUUUUACAGGUAUUUCAGAAGAGCUUAUUGCAAGCUCAAGACAUUUUGAAUCAGAACCGGUUGCUGAUCAAUGAGAUAAACCAAAACCAGGAGUCCAAGAUGCCUGAUAAUCUAAGUAGAAAUGUGGGUUUGAUCAGAGAACUCAAUAGCAAUAUCAGAAGGGUGGUUGAUCUCUAUGCUGAUCUUUCUAACUCCUUUACCAAGUCCAGAGAAGCUUCUUCUGAAGGGGACUCCAGUGGGACUUUGAAGUCUGAUGGAAAAGUCAACCAGAAGAGAAUUAGAUCCAGCUAAUUGAUUGAAUUUGAUCUUUCUUGUAAUCAACAAGUUUAUUCUGAUUCUGGAAGGAAUUUGUUCGGUAGAACUGAGUAACAUCCUCUAAAGUUAUUUUUGUGCCAAGUCUUCCAUAUUGGGUUUAUGUUUAGAGGGCCAGAGAUUUAGUUAAUCAUUUGAUCUAUGAAAGUAGCAUCAAUUUGAGGACCAUACAAUUGUGAUUUUGUGUAACUCUGUUAACUUGGUGAAAUGAAGCAUGUUCACGGAC